GGAGCUGUUUGAACCAGUCGACGGUGGUUGAACGGGUGGGCGGGGUCCUCUUUCAUGGACGGGCAGGGAUCGGGGCCGGGCCAGCGGGAGACGCGCUUCCCAGCCUCCUCCACAGGGCGUUCCUGGACGGCUCUAAAGGCCGCUUGACCGAGCCGGUCUCUCUUUAGCGCGUGCAUUGGGCCAGGUGCUCUUGGAGAAGAGGAAGCGGCUUCCCCGCCCGACGGGAUCCCAGCUUGGGACAGCGCCGACGCCAUCCGCGAUGGGGCGGGCUCUGUCCUGCGCAGCCCUCGCUCUGCUGCUGGCGCAGUCGGUGGGCUGCUCCCAGGUGGGCCUGUGGCGGCAUUUUUUUGGGGGGGGGUACUGCUGGGUCUGGGCCCGCCACCCGGCGCUCAUCGGCCGCACCUUCCGCUGCCCGCGCCGGGAGGACCGACGGGAGGACCGCUUCUGUUGCGGCACCUGCUUCUUCCCUUCCUGCUGCUCGUCCCGAAGGAAGCGCCUCGACCAGCCCUGGUGCCCCCGCCGCCUCGGAAACGGCACCUUCUCCAGGCUGCCGUUCUCCGAUCCCGGUAGGUUCUUGAGGGCACCAACCACAUCACCCAGGACAGUCUACAAAGGAUUUGGAGGGGCUCCAGGGUGUGUGGUGGCCCUGGAUUUUGACCCUGGAGUCCAGGGGUGUGAUGAUGGCCAUCUUCUUUAGUUUCUUUGGACUGGCCCUUCCCGGUGGCAUCUGUUUUCUCUGCUUUUGUUGCAAACCCCGGUGGGGCGGCAGCCACAGCAGAGAAAGGGAACAGGUGCCAUGGGGAGAAGAUCAUCACGGCUCUCUUCCCUGCUAUGGGGCCUGCUCAAGUACAGCUCCACUAGCCUACAGUGCUGAAGCCCCCCAGGGCUCCUAGCGAGGGCACCCAACCCUUCGCCUGCCAGCUGAGAUGCGGUGCGGGUCAGUCCUGCAAACUCUGGAACCCCCAAGGCUGGGGAGACACUCAUCCCUUUCCCCAGCAGAUCUUCCUUCUAGAACUUCUUGGUUGGCUUUGCCUCCAGCCCCACUUGGGGAAUGGAUAUGACCGCAGGAGGCAUUUCAUGGAGAUCCAUCUCUAAUGCUGAAGCAGAAACCACAACUCAUUCUUUAAUAUCAAGGAAAAGUAAUGUUUUUAAGAGUAAACGGAACUAACACUAAACUGAGUGUUUUGAAGUUGUCCUUCACUCCUCGCAGCCCAACACUGGCAUGUGGUGAACAGGAUUGGUGCUGGAUAUACGUCCAACAUAUCCACUCACUCGGCAGUGGUUUAGAUAAUGGGAGGUCUUUGGGAGGAAGGCUCUGUUCUUCUACAGACCACAGAGAGUGGCUUAAUCUUAUGAGGAGACUGCACUGGAAAGAUGAAGCAUUUCUCUGUGGCCACGUCAGGAAACAAGCCAGCAGGUUAUUUCCUUCCUGUGUCUGAAUGGCAGCUUAUUUGAGGCAAACCACUGAAGUACAAAUGCACAGAGUAGACCAUGAUACUUGAAGGGUCUUUAAUACAGAGUUGGAAAACUGGGUCUCCCUGGGAUAAGAGCAGGUGUUGCACUACAUGGGGUUACUGGUGUUUGUGUUUCUGAAGGUUUUGGGGACAGAAGGGAUAGAUAGCUAGAUCUUAAAGGCAUAGCCGUGUGCUGAGGUCUUUCCCCUGAUGGGCCGAGCUAGUCAGGUGCUAUCUGAUACCUCUCUGGAGAGACCCUUGCAGGCAAAGCAGAGCAACUAUCUCCUGGCACUCAGCUGCUUAAGCAAAAUAUUGACUAUACCUGUACUUGUGGCCAUCUACUACAAGAUACCCAAAGUUUGCUUACAAUAUGUGCAAAUUGUGUAUUAACCUUGGAGCAACACAGGCACCCAAUAAGGAUUGCUUCCCAAGCCCCUUACUUAUGUGAGAAGAAGCUGUGUUUUGGCAUGUGCUUUACAAAUAUAUCUGCUAUUCCAUGCAUGUAUUAAUUCCUCAGUUAAAAAUAUGUGCACUA